GGCAGACGCUCCAGAGACCCCCAGCGCACCGCGCACGCGACAGCCACCGCCACUGCCCGGCAGCGAACAAACCAGGAUGGUCGGCCACCCCAGCGUGUCCGUUCGGCGCGUGCUGGCGCUACUCCUAGUGCUCGGCUGUUGUGUCCACCCGGGCCUCGGCUGGGGCCGAGUCGCCAACCGCUUCUCGCCAGAGAUGCUGGCCAGUUUUGGGUACGGCGGAGGACACCGACACUACUACUCACCGAACGCCAUGCCGCAAACGUCAGCACUGAGGGACGAGGCGGCUCUGAUCGAGGAGCUGCUGGAGGAGGACGAGGAGACCAAGGCGCACUGCCGCGGUCGGCGCUGCUUCUCCAACGAACAGUGCUGCGACUCCUAUCUCUGCGUCGAGGUCGAGGACGAGGAUACAGCAGCCUCGGGCACGUGCAUGCCCAAGUACGUGCGCCACGAGGGCGACACGUGCUCGUCGGCGUCCGACUGCGGCUCCAGCCUCACGUGCGUGCUUCAGACGGACGGUCAGAAGCGCUGCCAAAAACAGGUGGUCGGAAACAAGGCCUACUACGAGGACUGCAAGAUGACGACAGAGUGUGACGUCACUCGGGGUCUGUGCUGCCAGCUGCUGAGGAGGCACCGCCAGUCGCCCAGGAAGGCCUGCCUGUACUUCAGCGACCCCCUGAUGUGCAUUGGACACGUUCCCAUGGAGGAGGUGAAGUCCAAGGUGGAACACAUGGCCAGUGAGAAGCGCAUCACCGGUCGCAUCGACGACCUGAAGCACCUGACCAACUGAGUCAGUCCUCACACAAAGAGCCGGGAGGCCGUCGAGCCGGGAGGAGAGAUUCGGCAGUACGGCCAGCCGCCAGCGCGGCUCAUGAACAUAUCACUGCAGCGGAGAGCCACCGAAUGCGCUUAACACUCGACAUAUCACUUUGAACGUACUGGAGAGAGAACUGUGUGGCUGGCCGGCCGCCCCAGCACGCCAGUUAUGUGCGUCAGUGUCUGUGUGUGGGUGUGGGUGUGUGGGUGUGCGCGUGCUCAUGUAUGCGCGCUCGCGUGUGUGUUGAAGUGUCGAGGUUCUGUCGCGCUGUACCCAUCUUAUGUACCGCCCCCGGACCGUUUCAUCUGGCUGGCGUACUGUCAGGUGAUCUCGGUUGAUACAGCGACCCCUCGUUGGGUCCGCGCUACCUGUCUACAGUAUUGUGAACACCCCUGAUAUUCGUGAGCGCGCGCGCCGCGCAAAUCUACAGUACCUUGCCAUUAGACCGUGUAAAUGGACCCUCCAAAAAGAUGACCCUGACUUGUCGCACGAAGACGCUCUGUAUCUAAUCUACCUAGCGUUCGCACGCAGUCGGGAUAGGUGUCUGUGUAUGGAUGAGGCAGGCUGGAUAAAGCCUCGGUACCAGGUGAUCCCUAAGCCCUAAUCCUGCUCUGCCCGACUACUCAAGCCCAGUCUAUGAGGCCCAAGUGCCAUCGAAUCUGCCAAAUCGUACUGAUAUAGUCAAGGCACCAGCCCGGCGAUCCUCAAACAGGUCACAAACAGAUGUUAGAUCACAAAAGAGACAUCAAACCUGAAAAGUUACAGGCUCAAAAUCUAUUCACGCUCAAAAUCUAUUCAUAACAGGCCACAAUCCUAUGACCAUAUAUGACAAACCAACAUUCCAGACUGCGAGCUCUACCACAUGGUCACCGCUGCCCCUCCCCAGCAGACUUCCUCUACCCCCAAAGAUGAUGUCUCGUUUCGGCUCUCUCCGAUCCCCCAAGUGCGCGCGCAGCCUCAGUGAGCCAUGCGGCUCGCUGCCCGGCCGGUCGGGCGCUGUGGCCGGUCGGCUCCGCGGCUUCAACCACCGCUGCUCUGUAGAUUAGUCUAAGUAGUGUAGCAAGCAAUAGCGCCGCCGGUAGGGAACGACUGACCCGUGCGAAGUGAGACCGGCGACCGCCUCGGCGCGCCGCCGCCUCGCUCCCCGGCGCACCGGCAGGACGCCCGCCCCCCCCCAUCCCGCCGCCGACAUUCACAGAGUCCCUCGGUUGGUGUGGCUAAACUAAGAGAACGUCGUGACCCGAAAAUAAACGAGUUGUUAA